UUUUCUUCCAAUAAUACCUGUUUGUUUUUUAUAGUAAAAAUGUUGUUCUUAACAGUUUUAUUUGUUAGGUUACAUGGCCAGUGGUAGCAACCGCCACGACAGAGGUAUUGAAAACUUUCAACCUGGUGAUAAUGAAGUGCCUUCAACCAGCUACUGGGGAACACCUUUUCAGCGGAGGGGGAUCUUACAACCCCUAAACCAACUUUCAAAAGAAGAAGAUUCGGACUUUGAGGAACCAAAGAGCAGGCUUAAAAGACCAAAUAGACUUCAAUCGGGCCCUGUAAAAAAGAGGCAAAAGGAAGAGAAGGGGCGCCAUAGGGUUCAAGUGCAUACAAGACCGGUAAUUAAUGAGGGCAACAUUGACUCAACAUUGGAUGCAGUUGUGUUGGCUUCGGUUACCGAGACGAUUCGACGUGAAGAGGCAGAGGACGUGUGUGCUGUCGUGGAUCAAUUGAAGUCGUUAUUAGCAGCGCAGAGACAGCCGACCGCAAAGCUUGUGACAGAUAUUUCUCAAGAAGAAGAGGACAUUCAGCAGGGUGAGCGGGAACCAUACAGUGAAUGGGGGGAGAAUUUGAGUGUACCAUGUGGUUAUCCUAAGCUGGAUUGUUUUGAUUCACUUGUUGAUUUUGAGGAGAAAACCUCUGACACACUCCCUGCAACACAAACGUGUGUGGGGGAGGAUAAUGAACAGCCUGGUUCUUCAGAACAAUUAGAAUUACUCGUCUGGAGCGACCUCGAGGAUAUGUUGCUAUCCUCACAACGACAGGCAAUUCAUCCUGAUCAAUUACGUACACAAAGUGUGGUUGACUGUUGUGUCACUGAGGAUUUGUCAUUAGGGGGUGGGGUUGAUAUUGGCAACCGAUUUGAUAAAUUCGAAUGCAUGGUGAACAGUAAAUUAGCAGAAAUACAGAGGGAUAACAAAGAACAAUAUGAGUCUUUGAAUAGUAAAAUAGCCGAAUUAGAAAAACAAAACAACAACUUAUUAAAUACUGUUCUGGCUGAGUGUAAAUCAGAUCUAUUAUAUAGAGGUAUUCUGACUUCUGACAUCUGUGCCCUGCAUGCAGCCAGUGGAGAACUGGUUAGAAUCCAGAAUAAUAUGGUUACGGGUCUAUCACAUAUAUCAAACAUCCUAAAAAGCAGGUCUUCAUCAUAGUGCUCAAAUAUUAGCUGAUAACAU